UCUCAACAUUUGACCCUUUCCCUUCUUCUUUCCCCUCUUCUUCCUCCCUCUUUCUCCUUCCUCCCCAUUUUUAAAAAAAACCAUAUUUUUAUGCCCCAAAUCCCAUUAACUUGAUGGUUAUCUCACAAAAUCCCUCACACCCAAGUCCCCAACAUCCAAAAAGAGAGGAAAAGCAACAUGGGUCUUUGCAUCUCGAGCCCCAGCAAGGUUAGUGGAUCCAAUAGCAGGAGCAACGACAAUAGAAACCCUCAACAGCAACAGCAACAACAGCAUCAGCAGAAGACAAGAGAGGUUCAAUCCCAGCAAAGGGCACCAGGAAAAAGGACAAGUGGGUCCGUUCCUUAUGGAAAAAGGCAAGAUUUUGGGUACGAUAAGGAUUUUGAGAGCAAGUAUUCCAUUGGGAAAUUGUUGGGUCAUGGGCAGUUUGGAUACACGUUUGUGGCAACGGAUAAGAGGAAUGGAGAUAGAGUUGCCGUCAAGAGGAUUGACAAGAACAAGAUGACCCUUCCAAUUGCUGUUGAAGAUGUCAAGCGAGAAGUAAGGAUUCUUAAAGCCCUAAGAGGCCAUGAGAAUGUAGUCCACUUCCAUAAUGCUUUUGAAGAUACUUCUUACAUAUAUAUAGUUAUGGAGUUAUGUGAAGGCGGCGAACUACUAGAUCGUAUAUUAGCCAAGAAGGAUAGCCGUUAUACAGAAAAAGAUGCUGCAAUCGUAGUACGCCAAAUGCUUAAAGUUGCAGCUAAAUGCCAUUUACAUGGUUUAGUACACCGUGACAUGAAACCUGAGAACUUUCUUUUUAAAUCAACAAAAGAAGAUUCACCUCUUAAGGCAACAGAUUUUGGCCUAUCAGAUUUUAUAAAGCCAGGGAAGAAAUUUCAUGACAUUGUUGGAAGUGCAUAUUAUGUUGCUCCCGAAGUAUUGAAACGUAAGUCUGGGCCCGAGUCAGAUGUUUGGAGCAUAGGUGUGAUUACUUAUAUUUUGCUAUGCGGAAGGCGUCCCUUUUGGGACAAAACUGAGGAUGGAAUAUUUAAGGAGGUGUUAAGGAACAAACCCGACUUUCGAAGGAAGCCUUGGCCAAGCAUAACGAAUGGCGCCAAAGACUUUGUUCAAAAGUUAUUAGUUAAAGAUCCCCGUACGAGAUUGACUGCUGCCCAAGCUUUGUCACACCCAUGGGUGAGAGAAGGUGGAGAUGCAUCAGAAAUUCCACUAGAUAUAUCUGUUCUCAACAACAUGCGUCAGUUUGUGAAGUAUAGCCGUUUGAAGCAAUUUGCACUUAGAGCACUAGCAAGUACACUCAAUGAGAAUGAGUUGGCUGAUCUUCGAGACCAAUUUGAUGCAAUUGAUGUUGAUAAAAAUGGUUCAAUCAGUCUCGAAGAAAUGAGACAGGCUCUUGCAAAAGAUGUUCCUUGGAGAAUGAGAGAGCCACGUGUUAUUGAUAUUAUUCAAGCUAUUGACAGCAACACCGAUGGACUGGUGGAUUUCUCUGAAUUUGUUGCUGCAACACUACAUGUACGGCAGUUGGAGGAGCACGACAAUGAGAAGUGGAAUUCACGAUCCCAAGCUGCAUUUGAUAAAUUCGAUAUGGAUAGAGAUGGAUAUAUCACUCCGGAGGAACUUAGAAUGGUACCUUUUCUUUUAGGUCACACCGGGUUGAAGGGAUCUAUUGACCCACUAUUAGAGGAGGCUGAUAUCGAUAAAGAUGGGAAGAUAAGCUUGUCAGAGUUCAGAAGGCUCUUAAGAACUGCAAGCAUGAGCUCCACUGUUCCAAGUCCUUCAGGCGUUAGAAAUCCUCACAGAUUGUAGAUAUUAUUUAAAUAUAUGAUUAAGGGGAAGAAAACUUGAGCUUAAUGCUGUACAUUAUUCAUGAUUUUUUUUCCCAUAGGGAUGUGCAUUACACAGCAGAUUGCCCACUUCUGCAAAUUCUUUGAGCCCUGUUUUCUUCUUUUUUAAAAAAAAAUCUGCAGUCUUGGGAGAAAAAUUCCAUCAUUGAGGGCUUCAAAGCAAGAAAUGUGCUGAAGAGAAUCCUUACCAAGUGCUUUUUCCUUCUUCCUUGCUGCUUCCUGUAUAUUGUAUUGUUGUGUAAAUUAUUGCUUUCGACUUUUAAAACCAAAUUGAGGUGUUCAUAUAGAUUUUUUGCGCUAGUUUGUUCACAGGGGAAUUAGGUUUCUGAAAUCUAAAACACAGAUUUGUGA